CAGGUUGUCCCGGGAGUGCUAGCUGGGAGCACGGCUGCAGAAUAGCCCUUUCCUCCUCAGGUUUGGGCAUGUAACUAGCUCCGUUUGGCUCCUUCCCGGGCCAGCGGGAGCUGGUCUGUUGGCUCGUGAGCUCUGCAGGGUGGAUGCUGCCUUGGGCGAGGGAGCUGGGUUUGGGUUCAGAAAAGAACCAGGUAAGUUCCUGGAGGAUAGGUCCAUCCAUGGCUAUUAGUCCUGGCUGCAGCCCCGUGCUCUGGGUGUCCCUAGCCUCUGACUGCCAGAAUCUGGGAGUGAACGAUGGGAUGGAUCACUCGAUAAUCGCUCUGUACUGUUCAUUCCCUCUGAAGGCAAUUCCCUGGCGUUGGCCCCUGUCGGCAGACAGGGUACUGGGCUAGCUGGAGCAUUGGUCUGACCCACUCUGGCCGUUCUUAUGGGUUUGACUCGUGCAUCAUCCAGAGAAUCAUUAACCACGUUCUGAAUGCAGACGCUUUCUUGUUGCUGUAUGAGGAGGAAGGACCUGGCUUGAUGGUCGAGUCCCAGGGCAGUUUGCGGGGCUGGCAGGUUUUGUUAAAACCUGUUCACUUGCAAUCCAAGCCCAGUGAAUCAUAGAAUAUCAGGGUUGGAUCUCAGAAGUCAUCUAGUCCAACCCCCUGCUCAAAGCCGGACCAAUUCCCAGGCAGAUUUUUACCCCAGUUCCCUAAAUGGCCCCCUCAAAUGGCCCCCUCAAGGAUUGAACUCACAACCCUGGGUUUAGCAGGCCAAUGCUCAAACCACUGAGCUAUCCCUCCCCCCAGGCAUCCCUGAGAGGCAGUGAACAGAGUCCCAUGGUGCCAUUUUUACUAGCGCGCGCAGGUUUUUCCCUUCUAGUCCAGUGUUGGCUCCUGCGUGGAGAAAGGAUUUGAGUCCAAGGCUGCCAGAGAGAGGAAGUGAGGCCCAGAGCGGGCCACGUGUUGUGUGUGGUGGUGCUGCUGCUUCCAAUCAGAUCCCUGGUGAGACUGUACCUGUACGGCCUGACACUGCUGCUGCUCUUCGUGGGGCACCAGACGGCCAGGGACUACAUGCGCCUUGAGAUGGAGGGUGAGUUCCAGGGAGCUGUGUACCAGGACCCUGUGGUGCUCAGCCGCUUCGUGACCGCCCUGACAGGCCAGAUCUUUGUGAGCACGCUCUGCGCCCUCCUGAUGAAGACCAAGCAGGUGUGGCUGUUCUGUGCCCCGCUGCUCCCGCUGCUGGCCCGGCUCUGCGGCCUCCCCCUCCAGGCGCUUCCCGUGGUCAACACCUUCGCCACCUCCGUCACUGUGGUGGAGGUGCUGUAUGUAGCCGCCUCCCACCUGCUGGUUCCCUUCCACCUAGCCGCUGCGGCGUGCAGGGAGGUGGCUCAGGGACUGGAGAUGUACAGGCUGGUGGCCUUGGCCAUGUCCCUCUGGAGCCAGCUGGCCGUCCCGGUGCUCUUCCUUGUCUUCUGGCUGGUGCUCUUCACCCUCCAGAUCUACUCUUUCCUGGCCUCUUCCAACAGCCUCCUCGCCCAGCAGGGACUGCUCUUCAUCUUCCUCAGCAGCGUGGCGGAGUGCUGCGGCACGCCCUACUCCCUCCUCGGCCUGACCUUCACCGUCUCCUACCUCGCCCUGGCCGUGCUCAACCUUUGCAAGUUCUACCUGCUGGGCUACGACGCCUUCCAGAACGGCAACGUCAUGCACAGGGGUGUGACGGAGGGCGUGACGCUGCUGCUGCUGGCUCUCCAGACGGGGCUGCUGGACCUGCAGAUCCUGCAGAGAACCUUCCUCCUCAGUAUCAUCCUCUUCAUCGUGGUGACGUCAACCCUGCAGUCCAUGAUCGAGAUAGCCGACCCCAUUGUGCUGGCACUGGGGGCUUCGCAGAACAGGAGCCCUUGGAAGCACUUCCGCAGCCUCAGCCUGUGCCUCUUCCUGCUGGUUUUCCCCUGCUUCAUGGCGUACAAGAUCGCUCGCUUCUUCCACAUGGACUUCUGGCUGCUGAUCCUGGUCUCCAGCUGCAUGCUCACCUCCCUGCAGGUGAUGGGCACCCUCUUCGUCUACGCGCUCUUCAUGAUCGAGCUGCUCCAGGACGCGCCCCUGGAGAAGACGGACGAGAUCAUUUACUACGUCAACGCGGUGAGCCGGGUGCUGGAGUUCCUGGUGGCCGUCUGCGUGGUGGCCUACGGCACCUGGGAGUCCGUCUUCGGCGAGUGGAGCUGGAUGGGCGCCUCCGUCAUCAUCAUCCACUCCUACUUCAACGUGUGGCUGCGGGCCCAGUCGGGCUGGAAGAGCUUUCUGCUCCGCAGGGAGGCCGCCAAGAAGAUCAACUCGCUGCCCAGGGCCACCAGGGGGCAGCUGCGGGACCACAACGACGUGUGUGCCAUCUGCUUCCAGGAGAUGAACGUGGCCGUGAUCACCGACUGUGGCCACUUCUUCCACACGGGCUGCCUCCGCAAGUGGCUGUACGUGCAGGACACCUGCCCCAUGUGCCACCAGCCGGUGAAGCCCUCGGCCACCGAGGGGCCGCAGCCAGACGGGGGAGAGCGGGCGGAGCCAGGGCCCAUCCCAGAGGAGCAACCGCCUGAGAAUGCAGAUGCCGAGGCUGCGGGAAGGGCAAGGACCCCGGGUCCCAGCAGGACCGCCGAGGAGCAGGAGAACCCAGCACUGGCAGAGCCCAGCAGGGCCGGACUGCUCCCAGAAGCUGUGCCCAGUGAGGGGGGCAAGCCCAUGGACCCAGCUGGGAGCAGGACUCCCCAGCCAGUGUCUCAGGGCUGCACUCAAUAGCCGUGUGCCUAUCUGGGGCGCACAGCCCUGCCGGGCACCCUGCCCCCUCAGGACCGAGGAGCAGGCUCCUUCGGGAGCCCCAGCCCGGCGCCCAGGAAGCACGGAGUGGGGCGGAGAUCGUGGAGUGGGGCAGGAGCCGGGGCCGGCACGGUCUCCGACGGCAGCCCCUCUUCAGCCUGCAGCGCCGGCCCCCCACCCCCGGAGCCUGGGCUGGGGCAUCCCUGCGACCCGAGUGCCCAGCGAGUCAGUGCCAGGCAUGGCCAGUGCCAGCAGAGGUGGCGUGACGGCCGCUGCCAGGCUGGGAAGUGUAACUGCCCGUGCGCUGCCCUGGAACACGCCCGCUUAGCCCCACAGGACAGGCCUGAGUCUGCAGACUUGCUUCAGCUCCGGAGUCCCCGGUGCAGUGCCAGGGAGGAGCACGCCUGGCAUUUAGAAAGGCAGCAGGGCCCAGCCCAGCCCUGCUCCGGCUGCACGGAAACAACCGGGAAGCACUUUGCUGGCUCGUGCUCCACUGCGAGCAAGCACCACCGGGCUGGGCUGCCCCUGUUAUAGAACGGGGGUGUUACCGCUGGCUCCCCAGUCACUCGCUGCUGGUGCCAGAUCUGUGUGGGCUCUGCCCCAGCGCAGGGGCUCUCGCACCCGCCCUUCCCUUCCCUUUCCCCUGCCGGAAUGGGAGAGGCCGAGACGCACUGGCCUGAUGGCUCUGGGGUGACUGGGGCAUCGUGCAGCUGCUUGGGACCAUGUGCAGGAAGGGGGAGAACCUAUCUGGGCAGGCCCUGUGCUCGCCAGGCCGGGCCUGUCUGCUCGGGCACGGGCGGAGGUGGCCUGCUGCACCACUGGUAUUACAAGGCUCCUGGGGGGGACCUUGGCACACCCCAGGAUUGGGCCCUGGGCAGGGCAAAGUGCCCUUUCCCUCUGCUGGUUCAGCCUGCAGCAUCCCCCGCAGAGCCUCUCCCUGUACCAGGCCAGUUCUGCUCUGAGAGGAGUUCGCCCUGGCAGGGGAGGGGCCAGGCUGCUGCUGUGACACAAGGACGCGUAGCUAUGCACUAACAGCAGCCAUGUCUCACCCCAGAGGUGGCUGCAUACCAGUGGUAGGCAAAGCAAAGACAGGCCGUGAAGUCUCCCCCAUUCUGUACGCUGCCCUCUGUGAAGUAUUUCUCCACCACAGGUCGAUGCCCCUUUCCCAUGCAAGGUCCCAAGGGAAUGUGAUGAAACUUGAAUAGAAAACCCCUUUCGUUUUUAAAGCCUCAGGGAUUAGUAAUUCCAAGGAAGCCGUGGCUUCUCCCGGAGAUGGCCGGGCCUUCGUACAGCUGGGCUGGGCAUGUCUGCGCAGCGUGUUGGAUCCAUUGGGAGCGAGGUGUUCGAUCACCGUCAGCUCUCUCUUCCCUUCAGAAGGGACCCCGUCCAGCCUUAUUCGUGGUACCUUUGGGCGAUCAAAGCGCCUGGAAUUUGCAGAUUCCCAUUAAAGCUGUCGCGCUGUGUGGGCCGUUUGCAUUCGGACCGGCGACCAGCACAGGGUGGCUACGAAAGUGCCAUUAAAAACACAGAACGUU